AUGUCGAAGUUAGACGAAAUAAUACCAGAAGAUGGCCUAGACAGUUUGUCAGGAAGUAUUUCAUCUAGUCUAGUUGGCAAUACAUACGCUGUUGAGUCAAUAAAUGAUGUCUUAUUAAUGCUUUCAAGGGGAUCUGGUUUUUCAGAACUAUUCAGUGAAAGUGAACAGAAAUGGUUCGAAGAUUUUCAAAAGUUAUCAAAUCUGUCCAAAUCAUUGAUCAUUCGCUUAUAUGGUCGGUCUCAAAAGAUUUUUCGAAAAUCAGAUCUUAUGAACAUUAUUCCGAAUGACAUUGAUCAAUGCUUAAGAGAACUAAACAGUUUAAAAUUUCUCUGUACAGAUAUGCAAUCGUUAUCAAGUGAGAUGUUGGUACAUGCUCUUAACCGUCAGGAGCUGGACCAGUUAGCUAGGAUGUAUAACAUCAAAAAUUUCAAAAGCUUAACAAUGAUUCAAUUGAGAGAUACUUUGUUAAAAACUUCAUCUGUUUCACCUAUGGCAUCAUUUUUCAAAGUUUCUAUUCAGAGUAAAGAUAGAUUUAAAGAAAUAAUAACUCGAAUUCUUCAUGGUUGCUGGUAUGUGGACGAGACAUAUACGCAGCUAAUUACUCAAUUACUUUGGUUAACGUCUCUUGGUUCUGAAUCAGCAUAUAAUAGACCGAAUAAAUUACAGUCGAUUGAAGCCAUUAUGAAAACUGAGCUAUAUUCAAUGAUGCUUGUUCGUCGAGGUGAACUUGUUUUUCCAUCAUACGUAGUCAAUCGUAAAUCUACAAUAUAUCAUACAAGUGACGAAUUUCAAAAGUUUCUGGAAUUGAUGGGUUUGGAAAUUCGUUUAGAAUAUUUAAUUAGUCAAAAAUUAUAUGAUCUUGCUUUACAAUUAUGUUUGGAUAAUAAAACUAAGUUAAUCGGCGAAGUUACGAACCUUUCAUUUCGCCGUAUUGAUCUACCUCAAUUUCUACGGCGUUUCACUUCACCAUAUCGUGCAUUUCGUUCAUUACUACUAAUGAUCGAUAUAUAUGAGCGUCAGAGAAAGUAUAAUGAAGCCAUUAAACUAAUUGAAACAUUAUUAUCUUUAACUUGGUCAUUACAUAAUGACGAUCAAUUUCUAAACUUUAAAUUAACUGGUUGUGUUCUAGAUCAGCUUGGUCCUUGUCGUUUAGGUUAUCUGUUAAAUCGUUAUAUCAUUAAUCAAGGCACACAUGAGAAACAACCAAUUAAAGCACUUAAGUACGUGACUAAUUACUUCAAAUUAUACAAUGAAUGUCAGUGUCUAAGAGCUGGCCGCCGUUUAAUGAUUCAUGAACAGCUAAUGAAAUUGUUUGACGGAGUGAAAAAAGAAGAAAAUAAUCACCGUAGAUCACAAAAUGGUUAUACUACUGCUGCUACUACCACUGAAAACGUUACCAAUAAUAAACCAUCUAAUGCUGGUGAUGAUAAAAAUAAUGCUUCUGACCGUAAUGGAAUAAAAAAUACAACCAGCCAAGUGAAACGUAGAAAAAUCCAAAAGCCUGUCAAUAUUCACGGUAAAGAUUGUGAGAAUAACAAUGAUAGUACUGAAGGAAUUUGUCGUACGAAUGAAUUUUUUAUUGACAGUGAAAAAGAAGAAUCACUCACGUCGAUACCUUCGCUUGUGAUUAAUAUCAAAGAACCUCCUAAAGUUGAAAUUACUGCUCCUAUCAAUGCAUCAGCUAAGGAAAUCGGUACACAUCGUCCAUAUUAUGUAUGGUUUGAAAAUACUUCACCGAACAAACUUCAACAACACCAAUCACCUCAAGAAUCCAAUACUUUGUUACUCACAGUUGAACAAUGGACUGUACGCUAUUAUAUGGCUAAUAAAAAUUUUGAACACGGCAUACAUUGUGAAUCACAGAUAUAUCAUCUUUUAUUCUGCAUACUUUUUUAUGAUAUUUUAUUCGAAAUAUCACCAUCUCCACCGGAUGUCUUCUAUUCAUAUCGUCAGUCAGCGCCAUUAGAUUUAUUUACAGAUGAAUUUUAUCAGUCGAGAAAAGAUUUAAUCGAUGCUAGAUUGCAAUGGCUCUUGACUGUUGAUCAAUCAGAUGAUCAUUCUAAUUCUUUGGCAUUUCGUAUCCAUACGUAUUGGGAAUUACAUAAUGGUGAACGUUGCGUGUGGGCUAAUUGGGAUUUAUUAAAAAAUUCACAGGAGCUUAUAGACAUAUUUUGGUGCCUUGGACCUUCUGUAGUUCACGAUGUUUGUCGUAAAUUAGCUACAGACUACAGAAAUUGGAGGUCGGGUCUUCCUGAUCUUUUAUUAUGGAGUCCUACAGAAACGCGAGCUAAGAUUGUAGAAGUUAAAGGACCCGGCGACCAUUUAUCCACUCAACAAAUAAUGUGGCUUGAUGUACUUGUCCAGGCUGGUGCUGAUGUAGAAAUUUGCUUAAUAUCAGCUGAACCACUAAAAUCGCUCCGUUCAAAAUUCAGCCAUUGA